AUGGCUGUGCGACGCAGGAAUGCGACGGAAACUGUCCCGGCGCCCAGUACCUUACAGGCUAAAGGGAGCAAUGGGUCCAAACCAGAGCAAUCGUCCACAGUGGGCGUAUCCGAGGUAGCGCCGGCCCUGCUGGAUUUCUAUACGGCACUUACUAUGCUAUUUGGAGGCUGCUGCUCCAAUGUCAUUUCGUACGAGCAAUUGCUCAACAUGAACCCUCGCUUUGGUUCAGCUAUGACUUUUUGCCAGACCUUGUUUAUCGCAACGCAAUCACUGCCGUCGUUUCUGACAUUUUCUGGCUCUGGAUUUCUCCCUCGGCUCAAGCCGCGACAAGUUCCAUUGCAACUAUGGGCGAUUCAAGUUCUUGUUCUUACGACAGGGUCUUUACUCAAUAACUGGGCUUUUGCUUACAAUGUCCCCAUCACUAUUUUCAUUGUCUUUCGCUCUGCAGGCAAGUGCUUUUACCCAACCAUGGACGCAGACAAUAAACAAUUUUGUAUAGGCCUUCCUGUGUCUAUGCUUUUCGGCUUCCUUAUCUUAAAGAAACGGUAUUCUGUUCGACAGUUGAUAUCCAUAAUAAUGGUCACUGCAGGAGUGAUAGUCGUCACUCUUUCAAGGGCAACGUCCAGCACCGAAACUCAGACCCACAAACUAUCUUCAGACGACUUCAGCAAAUAUUUUAUUGGUAUUUCUAUGCUAACUGUUUCUCUCUUUUGCGGAGGACUUCUGGGUAUGCUUCAAGAGCAGACCUACACAAAAUAUGGGCCAUGCUGGCAAGAAGGCAUGUUUUAUACUCAUGCACUCUCGCUGCCUAUAUAUAUCUUCCUUGGCCACGAUAUACAACAAGGAAUUGUUAGUCUUUACAAUUCACCGUCGAACAUCCCAGCAUUCCAAGCUUUUGGAAUUCUUGCUGGUAAUUUAUUGACCCAAUUGAUUUGUGUCUCUGGGGUGAAUCGACUAAGCUCGCAAGUUUCCUCCGUUUCCACAAACAUUGCACUCACUGUACGCAAAGCUUUGAGUCUAUGCUUUAGCGUGUGGUGGUUUGGGACUGAUUGGAACGCGCAACUGGGUAUCGGAGCCUUUAUGGUCUUCUUUGGCAGCUUCAUGUACACUCUAAAUUCUGAUAAAAUCAAGAAGGAAUGA